UCGAAUCGACUCGCCGAAUAUUACAAGGAUGUUUUCGUCUUGGACACUUUGUUGUGGGAGAGUGCAGCAACGAUGGGUGUUUGCGGUGAUGGGAUGUUUGGCGAUAACAAUGUCAUACACGAUGCGAAUUACCCUGUCACUUGCUAUCACGGAGAUGGUGACAACCGCAACACCAUCUUCGAACACCACGACCGUAGACGAAGACACAUGUUCAGGAACUGUUUCCACUUCGUCGAAUAGCAAUGCCGGCGACACUUACGACUGGGACGAAUACACGCAGGGAAUCAUUCUGUCAAGCUUCUACUGGGGUUACAUAGCAUCCCAAGUACCAGGAGGCAUUAUGGCGGAUAAAUUCGGAGGAAAGUACACCCUGGGUGCGGCGAUACUGUCAUCGACGACAUUUACCCUGCUGACACCAUUGGUAGUGAAUAAAUUCGACUCGACGGGAUUGAUAGUCCUCAGAAUCCUGAUGGGACUCGGUGAAGGAACGACGUUCCCGGCGGUGAACGUGCUCAUAUCGGAAUGGGCACCACCGCAGGAAAGGUCGAAGAUCGGGACGAUGGUGAUGACGGGAACACAGGUCGGAACGAUCCUGGGAAACGCGUUGGCCGGAAUCCUGCUCGAGUACUCGCCGAUCGGGUGGCCGCUGGUUUUCUACUGCUUCGGUGGUCUCAGUGCCUUGUGGCUGGUGUCCUGGAUACUCUUCUGCCACAGCAACCCGGACAUCCAUCCGUACAUCAGUGAGGCCGAGAAGAAGUACAUCCAGGACAAGAUAAGCGAGAACACGAGGAAGCACACUCAGCCAAUCCCCUGGCGCCACAUGGCGACCUCCUUACCGGUGUGGGCUCUUCUCAUCGGCAAGUUCGGGCACGACUGGGGCUUCUACACGAUGGUAACCGACCUCCCAAAGUACAUGAGCAACGUCCUCAAGUUCUCCAUAACCUCAAACGGCCUCCUGACCGCUUUACCUUACCUGGCGAUGUGGAUCGUGAGUAAUAUAUCCUCCGUCCUUGCCGACUGGCUGAUAAAAAGUGGUAAGAUGACGACCACCAACGUCCGUAAGGCCUUCACCACAUUCGGCUCCAUUGGACCGGCGGUAUUCCUUGUAGCAGCGUCUUACGGCGGGUGCAACCGUGUUCUGGUCGUCAUUCUCUUCAUCAUUGGUAUCGGUUUGAUGGGACCGUUCUACCCUGGGUUGAUGGUCAACGCCGUUGACCUUAGUCCCAACUACUCGGGCACAUUAAUGGCGAUAAUGACCGCCGUUGGCGCCUUGGCUGGGAUACUAACACCUGAUGUAGUCGGACUGCUGACUCCCGAUCAGACAGUGGGUCAGUGGAGAGUGGUAUUCUGGAUAGCAUUCGCCGUGUUUAUGGUGACGAAUGUUGGGGUCCUGUUAUGGCAGCGAGGUGAUGUCCAAUACUGGAAUGAUCUAGAGAAUAACGAUCAAGGUCGGAAGGACCUCGAGAACGGAGCGAAGCCCAGUGAACGCGAUGAGAGUCCGGAAGGCAAGCCCGUCACGUAGAGAAACUUGUGUAAAAUUGUAAAAUUUUCAUUGGUGCCCACAAUCGUCUCGGUGUGUCGUGACUCGUUGUUAAAGACAAUUGAACCAAGUUUAUUGAGCAAUCUCGUUGUUCUGUACACGCUAGUCUUCAUCCAACUCAAUUAUCAUGUGGCAAAAUGUUAUACCGACUCGUGUUAAAAUUUAUUAAGUCAGGGGCACUGGUGGAUUCUCUGUUGAGUUUGGAAUUGCCGUCUUCGGAUGUACUACAAAAAUGACAGACGCUGUUUAGAGACGUAAUUUUUUUGUAAUGGGAAAAUGGAUGGUGAAUUAGUUAGCGAGUCGAAUACUUCGAACUCGAUUUCGAUGAUCGUAGUAAUUCGGAAAAAAUAUCACCAGUUUGACACCAUUUUCAUCCCUGCUGUGAAGAUGGAUUGUAAUCGUUUUGUGUGUGGAAAAAUCUCAUUUCUUCAAAAACAGUGUAUUUAUUGUAAGAUUUAGUUCGUAAUAUAGUGAAAUAAUGCGUUUCA